AUGAACGUAGCAGCGUUUCUAAAGGAGUUUAAAAGGGCGAGACGAGGCGUUGGCGACGGCGGACCCCUUCGCAGUGGCGAGGUGGUGGGUGCCGCGGGAGACGCGGCUACAAUCUCUCGAAGGGCAACCCCGCCUGAGACGACCUCGCCGCAGGAUGAUUCAGGGGAGAGUGAGCACGGCGACGGCGAGCGAGACGACGACCAAGCCCCGCAGCCAUAUCUCGGUGGUAAGAGGCAAAGGUAUGAUCGAUUUUGGCCGCGGAGGGAGGAGGUAGGGGUGGGCCGUCCGCGCGAGUCUUUUGCGGAGCUAAAAACGUAUCGAACGAACCACUUUGUAGGGACAGACCGCGGCAUUCCUGACGCAGUGCGUCAACGGGUAACUCGCCCUCUUGUUUCACGGGCACUAACCAAAAGAGGUGAUAAGCCGAACUUUAAUAAGCUGCGCGAUGAACUUCUGCGGAAAAAGAACUCUCUUAGUCAGUCAUUGUUGGCGAGAGCAUCUCCAGAGCCUCUUUCUGUGGAUGCGUCUCGGGAUGCUGCACUGCACACGGGCACCGAGGCCGUGCUCCUUGGGAUAGAUGAUCUUUUUGCCUCGGACACCGUGACUGUAGAUCCACUUCCUUUUGCCGGGAUGAAGAGCGUGGCAAAAGCGUCGGCUGAAGGUGGAAGCGAGGCAGCCACAGCCACGUCGCAAAAUGCCAAGGAAAAGCAGCAGCAGCAGCAGCAACAACAACAACAACACUGCACUGACGAGGCGAAAGUGUGCUCUGAGAAAGCCACGACGGCAAGGGUAAGUCUGUUUGCUCGGGCAAAGAUGUAUUCUGGUGCGGCAGCUCCUCUCAUGAAGAAGGAGUCAGAAGUCUUGAAUGCGCGAAAGAUUUCUAACAAGCCAGCAAGUGAAAAGGUUGAAGGAAUCAAUACAACAAGAAGGGAAACUUUUAAAUGA